GCCGCUGCCGCCGACGCCGACGCCGGGCCAAUAGGCCGCCGCCGCCGCCGCCGCCGGAGCUUUCCUCCGGUCUGAUCAUCAGACGGCGGAGCGGACAGAGUUGGCGAGCAUCCAAUCGCGCGGCGAGCUCUUUCUGCCGCUUGUCAGGCGCGAGCUCGGCAGUGAAUCGCUCGGGCGACUCUAUCCCCGGAUCCUGCAGGUAAUACCAAGACUGUUAUAAGAGGCUCCUUGGAUACUCUACGACUACAUUUCUUAAAAGAUGAGUUCUUGUAACCUUUUGGUUGCCCUCAAUAGUAUCAGGAAGCAUAUUGAUUAUGAUUUCUGUGAUGUUCAUGGCGGGAUCAUAAAGCGAAAUAAAUCCACUUUAGUUGCUUUCCUAUCUAGGAUUAAUAAAAAUGAGCUUGCUCCUGUUUCAGGAGAAAAGAUUCCCACCAUUUGUCCUUUACUCUCUGAGGAUAUGAUACAACUUCUGAUAGGCUUGCUUCAAAUUUUCAAAGACAUGUUUAGAGCAAACAUUUGUCUCCGCAAUUUUGAUGAGAAUCACAUAGUUAUAGUGGAUGGGCAUAUUCCAAAAAUUAUUCAAAAUGCAUUAUUCGUGGAAUCAACAGAGGGGUAUAUGAAUCAAAAUGUCAUGUGCUUAGGUCAAGUAAUUGAGAAUGUUGUUUUUGCAAACUGUCAACUCUUGGCCGAGUCGAAGGACUUUGUUAAUCUGUUCAAGGAUGGGACGAAAAACUUUGAUCUCAUUAUUGUGCACCCCACACUAGUACACAUAUGUUUCAAAAUAGAUUAUUUUGGUAACACCCAUGAUUUCCUAUUGAAAUUCAUAAAAAAACUAGAUAACGCAGCUUAUACUGACAUAAUCAAUGAUCUUGAUUUUCCAGCUGACUGGGAGACACUGAUUGACAGCAAUGACCAUUUAAUCAAGUGCUAUUCGAACCGGCAAGUCGGGAGAGGGAAGUCGCGAGCUGCUCCAAGUCAAUCAGGCACAACGAUAGUACAUCCUCAAACUCCAGCAGUCAGCAGUAGUGGGACUCCACAUGCCCAAGGGGUCAGCAACAGUGGGAGGAAUCCACCCCAGACGAACCCUGCUCCACUCUCUUGCCAGCAUUCAAAAAAUAACCGAGGCUGCACGCAACCCAUGUUCAGGGAGAAGCUUUCCUGCCAACAAGUUCAGUCCAGCGCUGGCGCAGGCAUGCCAUCCUCAAACUCUACCAGAGCCCCAAUGAGUAAAGAUCCACCAGUUAAGAACAAGGCUCCAAUGGCAGCAUCUGUAGGUGGUAAACAGGGACAACCAUCAAACAAGGGCAAGGCUCCACUGACAUCAUCUUCAACCACUACUCUUUUGAGUAAACAACGACAGCCAAAUGUUUGCCAAGAUUCGUCAUCCUCCAAGCCUUCCAAGCCUUCAUUGAAGAUGAAGAAGAAGAAGAAGAAGUACAACCUACCUGGAACAAAGUCCCCUGAAGAAGUAAUGAAGUAUUACAGAAAUAGUGGGAGGCACGGGGUGGAUGAGUCAGUGAAAGACCAGCAACUUCAGUUUGGAGUCAAGGCCCUGAACAUAAUACUGCUCUUCUACUUCCAAAAACUCCUUUGCAGCGCCCUCAGGGGGAUCCACAGAAAGAACUACCUGAGUCGCAUGGAGACUCUGCCACGGGUGCUGCGUUAGACCAGGUCACUAGGACAGCUGCUUAGAACUGCGAUUGGUCACUCGUACGGUGGCCACAGUGGACAAUACUGUGUUGUCUACUGAUGUGUAUACUGUUACUACCAUGGAUCACUAGUACUGUCUUAUUUUUUGAAACAUAAGUAGUUCGUUUAUCCAA